UCCCAAAGAAGGUGGUGAACAUAAUCCAUUUGCCCUCCAAACGUAUACCAUGGCGGAGAAGAUAGCCAGUAGUGAUCCCAGUAUGACGAGCAAACAAAGAACCGUGCCGAUGGAGGUUCUAAACCUUUCCAUGUCUCGUACUGGCACCAUGUGUGAGCAUAUUUUCUCCCUCAACCAAGCUACAGUAAUCCCUCAACUCAGACUCCAGAGCGAAACUAUGCUAAGCUCAACUAUACAACAUAACUAACAUAUCUCCAACAUAGCAAUGCAAAAAGCCCUUGGAAUACUUGGCAUUAACUGCUACCACGGGGC